AUGGCGGCAAACCAAGGCGUCGUCUCAUUUGACCAAAUUAUUCAAGCUGGGCGUCAACGCAAAGAGAAAGAGAAACUCGCAAAUGAUAUACUUGGGCAAGGACGACGAGAGAAACAGAGACUGGCGGAAGAAAUAUUUGGGCGAGGACGAAGCAAAAACGCUCCAAACAACGGCAGUCGCAAGUCUGGCGCUGGCCCCAGCCUUGCAAGUAGAGUCGGUAUAGCAAAAGCAUCUCAGCGUUCAUCAUCCACUCCAAAGGCGAGCCCAAAUAUUGAGGGUACCUGGGGCCAUGAUAGAGCACCGCGCAUCACUCGACCACCCAGAGGGAACCCUAUGUUACGUCAGGCCAAAGAUGAUCUCCUCUUUAACACUGCUGUGACUCAAACACCACGCAAUGGCGUGGCGUCCAGUGGCCUAGGUGAGGAGAUUAGCAUACGAGGAACAGCGGGUCCAUACGUGGUCAUUGGCAGCAACUUUGCUCCUGGAACUACAGCUGCCGACAUCGAAUCUGCUAUGAUACCUAGUGGAGGUGAGAUGCAGAGUUGCAGGAUCAUUAGCUCUACACCAACAGUCAUGGCUGAGAUGGUCUUUGCCGAAAAGCAUAAUGCAGAGAGCGUCAUUUCAACAUUCAACAACAAGAAGGCGGACGGUCGUAUCCUAUACGUAUACAUGAAAGUAGGAGGACCCACGCCUUCCCCUGCCUUGGCACCUCUUCGCAAGACACCCAUAGAGCCUAGAGGACCUCGUAUCGACCUUACCCGUGAUCCAGCGCCUUCUUACGAUAUUCAAAGAGAACAAUCGGAUCGCAACAGAAGACGGGCAGAUCCCGAGUUCCAGGAUGGCAGUUAUGGCUUUGACGCGAGAGAGGACAUAAUGGACGUGGAUAUGGAUGCCCCUCGCUCUGAUGCUCCUGUGUCUGAUGUUCCACAUUCCGACGCCUCGCGCUCCGAUGCUCCACGACUUGAUGCUCCACGCUCUGACCGCCGAAACGAUCGACGUGAUGAUCGCAUAGACGGCCGCCGGGAUGACCGACGAGAUGAUCGACGGGAGGACCCACGAGAUGAAAGAGACGCUCGCUAUGAUGUUCCAAGUGACUACAGCAGAGGUAAGUCAUACAUCGACAGAGAUCGAAACGGUGGUCGGCCCCGAAACGAUCAACGGCUGUAUAGCGACAACAUGUAUCCUCGCCCUCGUGGCCGUGGUUUCCGGUGA